AAAUGGGGUGUCACUCCUGCACGCACGCAAUAAUCUCUCCUCUCCUCUCCUCUCCUCUCCUCUCCUCGGCCUUUUCAAUCCUCGAUCGAUCGGCCUUCAGGUAGCUAGCCAUGGCUGAGGCCAGCUUAACUUCCGCUGUAGACGUCAACGAGUUAUGCAAAUCCAGCGAGCAGAAGAUCCCUCUUAAGGUUGGGCCAUGGGGAGGCAGCGGGGAUACCAGCUUUGACAUAAUUGGUCCGCCCACCUCCCAAAUCACAAAGAUCCUAGUCAAGACAGGAGCCGUCGUCGACAGUUUGGUGAUCUCCUAUGUUGUUGACUGGGAAGUCCAAUCAUACCGAGCAGGCGGCACUGGCGGUGUUGAAACCCACGAGUUUGAACUAGGCCGAGGUGAAUAUAUCAACAAAAUCUUUGGGUCCAUCAGUGAUUAUAACUGCGAAACUUGUAUCAGUCAGCUCGGAUUUAAAACCAACUUGGGGAAGCAACAUGGGCCUUUUGGGGCAGGAGGUGGCAAGGAGUUCACUGUUCCAGUUGUCAACGGUCGAAUAGAUAUUGCCUAGGAUCGGAAUCUCUGCUCUCUUACUCUCCUCUCUUAAUUAAUUAAUUAAUUGCCUAUCUGAUCAUCCAUUCUGGCUUGGCUUCUUCGCUUAAUUUGCUACGUACUACUGUUUUAAAUAAAUUUGGUAUGUUCGGUGUUUUAAAAUAAAAUGGAUGAUGAUCAGUCAGUCAACUUUAUAUGUAUGUCUAAUUUGCUGUUCUCAAGCUAGCUACUAGCUACUUUCUUCAUUUAAUUUGCUCUAAUAAAUUGUGUUGUUUUUAUCA